AUGGCCGACACCGCCGAUCCCACCGGCUCUACGGUCAACACAGUCCCCGCGGGCAUCGUGCACUUGACGUAUCUGCACGGUGACCACAAGCACAAAGUCCGCAAUAUCAAGGUCGCAGACAGCCUCGCGACUCACCAAGCGGAGUAUGGGAAACCCACCAGCAUCGUUGCAGGCACCAUCUACGCCUCACACCUGCUCGCGAGAUUCAUCUCCCAUCACUACAGGGAGUCCAACUCAGAGUGUACGGUACCGGGUGGCGAACUCAGCAAACUCACCCAGACCAGAGAGCCUGAGAAGGCCAGGAUCGACAUCGUCCUCAGCGACGGAUUUCAGAUCGAGGGGAGCACUUCUGGGUAUACCUUUCACCCUUCGACAUCUCUCCAGCCAGACGGGAGCGGGAACCAAACAUGGUACAGGAGGAUCACCGUCAUUCCGAUCCGACGUUCUGAUGUCCCGAGCGGCCACGGCCCUUACUCAUACGAGUUAUCCGAGCUGGAGCGACAGAUACAGAAAGAAUGGCUGCCCAGCUCAUUGACUGUGCCUGGUCAGAAGCCCAAGGGACUUGCACUCGUCAACCUCGUGAAACGCUUGCAUGCGGGUCUCCGCGAGGACCUCGACACAGCGAUCGAGCAAGGCGUGAUGUUGAGCGAUGGAACGACGGGCCUCGAGGUACCGACUGCGGAUGAUCCUCGGACCGUCACAGGAAGUCCAUUCACCUCGCACGGAAGUCUCGCCUCGAAUGUCCUCGCGGGCUUCUCACAGCACCAGACCUCAUACGCCGGUGCCGACCUCGCAUUGACCGACGGCGGAGAGAGACUCAUCUGGACCAAGGCAAAGGCGAGGAGGAACAAGCAAGACGACAGGACUAUCACCGCCAUCCUCGAUCGGGGCUUCCCUGGCAGUGAAGCCUCGUACACGCUCAAUCCCAGCAUGUAUCAGUUGACACCGGGUGACCUCACCAAAUGGGGUGAGGUGCUGCGUGCUAUCCCCACCGACGACGAUUCAUCCCAGUCAGACACAGCCCGCAAGGCGAUCAAGCUGUCAGCAAGGGAGGACCUGGCGCUGCAGGACUGGAAGAGCGGACACGAGGUCUUUACCCUCGAAUCCGGCCUGUCAGAGGCGGAGACGUUGCGGCAGGUGCAUGCGCAGCUGGAGAAGAGCUAUCAGGGUGCAACGACGGUGGAGACUCAAGACGGGACGAGGAUGUUGGAGAUGAGGCCAACGAGGGGUGAGGCAUCGUCGUCGACUGCUAGGCGGAGUACCGGAACUACGCAGGGUACGCGUCUCCGGAGAGGACGAGCUCAGCGCAUGCGGCGUCAGCGCCAGAGCUCGAGGAUCACCUGA